AUGGGCAGCAUCAACAUGGCUCUAUCCGUGCGCCUCGCCUGGCUCUCUCUGCUCCUCCAGGCGGGCCGGGUGUGCUCUCUGAUGGGGGACGAGGACCAGGGCCAGGACGCCGAGUGUAAGAUGAAGAGCGUCACCGUGUCCGCGCUGCCGUUUUUGCGAGAGAACGACUUGAGCAUCAUGCACAGCCCCUCGGCCUCGGAGCCAAAGCUGCUGUUCUCCGUAAGGAACGAUUUCCCCGGGGACGUGGUGGUGGUGGACGACCUGGAGAACACGGAGCUGCCCUAUUUCGUCCUGGCUUGUUAUCCCACCGCUGCUAAAAACUAA